UCAGAGUUCAGAGCAAACAGCAGAAUAACAUUGAUGACCCCUUACAGUUGUACAACAUGAAGUUUCUUUGUGUCCUCAUCUUCAUUUUAAGCAGUGAGCUUGUGGUCGGUCAGCGAAGUCCUCUCAAUGACUACCACCGCUCCAAAGGUGUGCAGCUGCUUCAUUCAUCUUAUUGGCCACAAGAGGUGCCUUUCUCGGAAGAGGGUUGUGCCAUUCACUGUACUAGGACUCUCAAAUGCAGAGCUUUCAACUAUAAUCUCCAAAGCAAGGAAUGCCAGAUGCUAGAUUGGACCAGUCAGGAAGUAGGCACAGAAAGGCAGAGGCACAAUCACAUCGAUCUGUAUGAGAAGAAAGACUAUGUGCGAGAAUGCAUUGUGAACAGGGGAGUUACGUACAGAGGAUAUAAGUCCAUAACCAAAAGUGGGAAGAUGUGCCAGCGCUGGAGCUCUAAUGUGCCUCAUGAACACAGAAACUCGCCUAGUCAAUUCCCAGAGAAAGGGCUUGAUUUGAAUUAUUGCCGCAACCCUGACAACGAUGAGAAUGGCCCCUGGUGUUACACUAUGGACUGGAACACUCGGCUGGAGGACUGUGCCAUCAAGAGAUGUGAUGAAAAGGAAUGUUUGAUGUGCAAUGGUGAGGAUUACUCUGGCUUCAUGGACCACACAGAGAGUGGGAGAGAGUGUCAACGCUGGGAUCUCAGUUAUCCACAUGCACAUAACUACCAACCAGAGAAGUACCCUGAGAAGAACUUGGACAAUAACUACUGCCGCAAUCCUGAUGGGUCACUCCGUCCCUGGUGUUAUACCACUCACCCUGCUGUUGAGCGUGAAUACUGCAACAUACGGAAAUGUGAAGGGCAGCACAGACUGAAAGAUGUGGAAAUCACCAAAACAUGUUUCAAACAUAAUGGAGUAGGAUACAGAGGAACCAUAAAUCAAACAUCAGCCAGAACCCCCUGUCAACGUUGGGAUGAGCAAUUCCCUCACAGACAUGAAUUCACACCAGAAAACUACCCAUGCAAGGGGUUGGACGAGAAUUACUGUCGAAAUCCUGAUGGGUCAGAAGCUCCAUGGUGUUUCACGAAAGAUCGCGGGGUCAGGACUGCAUUCUGUUUCCAACUUGAACGCUGCAACGACGAUAUUGAACCUGAAGAUUGUUACAAUGGCAAUGGAACAACAUACCGAGGAUUUGUUAGUAAAACCAGGAAGGGAAUUCCAUGCCAAAAGUGGAACACCAAUAGUCCUCACAAACCACGAGUGACUCCUCAGACUCAUCCUAAUGCUGGUCUUCUGAAAAACUAUUGUCGAAACCCUGAUGGUGACAGUCACGGGCCCUGGUGUUACACCAGUGAUCCCAAAGUGCAGUGGGAUUAUUGUGCCAUUCGUACUUGCAAAGGACAGGCCAAAUCAACAAACAAGGAGGAUCCAGCCUUAGUCGAAUUUGAGUCCUGUGGUAGGCGGGAAGACCGGACAGUUGAAAACAAAAAGAGUCGAAUAUUAAAAGGCGUACCUGGUAACUCCCCCUGGACUGUGAGCCUUCGCAACAGGGAAGGGAAGCAUUUUUGUGGCGGGACCCUUGUGCGCAGGAAUUGGAUCAUCAGUACCAAGCAGUGUUUUUCCUCCUGUUAUGCUGAGUUCAGGGGAUAUGAAGCCUGGAUGGGAACCAUGUUCAAAGAUCCCAGGGCUGAUGAUCCAGACAAGCAAGCAAUCCCCAUCCGAAGGGCUGUGUGUGGACCAAAACGCUCCAACCUGAUCAUGUUGGAGUUAGAGAGACCUGCCACUUUGAACAGUCGUGUUGCUGUGAUCUGUCUACCCCCUCAGGGUUAUAUCGUUCCUGAAGGGACUAAUUGUGAGAUAGCAGGUUGGGGAGAGACUCAAGGUACAGGCCGUGAUGAUGUUUUGAAUAUCUUGGCGAUGCCGGUGAUAAGUAACAAAGUAUGCAAUCGGUACUACAGAGGCCGCCUAGCUGAGACAGAGAUCUGUGCUGGGACAGUUGUACGGGGAUCUGGAGCUUGUGAGCGGGAUUAUGGUGGGCCCCUUGCUUGCUUUACCCACAGCUGCUGGGUGCUCGAGGGAAUCAUCAUUCCAGAUCGUGGAUGUGGCCGACCGAAUCACCCUGGCAUCUUUGUCCGAGUUGCAAUGUAUGUAGACUGGAUUAAGAAAGUCAUGGAACUCUAGGUGCCAGGCUUUCAGUGGGAGAUUCAGCAUCUGCGAUAUGAAUAUUUCCAAACACCCAGCCCUGGUAUUGUUAUAACAUCAUUUUUCCAUGGCUUUCAGAGUAAUCAUCUUUAAACAAUUAGCAGUGUAAAACUAACAGCGGUUUACGCAUUACAUAUGAGAGGAUUUGUUAUUUAAUGAAACCCAUGGGUCAAUGAAAUCAUUUUUGGGAGGUUUACUAAUCAAUGGUGUGAUUGAUCAAUCAUUUUUGGGAGGCUUCACUGCAGUCAUGAAUCAUUUAAGUUAUGUAUGGGAUACAAAUUAAUUAAAUUGCAGAUUUUCACUCAUCA